GUCGUCUCUCUCAUUGACAACCCAUUUCUAAUUCCACUCUUUCAAACCCAUAAUAUGCUUUCUCUCUCUUCCCGCCUCCGCCUCCACCUCAUUCUCCUCUCUUUCGUCACCCUCCAGUGCCUCACAGUCACCACGGCAACAUGCCACAUGGACGACGAGGCAGGCUUAUUGGCUUUCAAAUCGGCUAUAACAGCCGACCCGUCCGGCAAGCUUAACUCAUGGAAACCCGGAACCGAUUGCUGCAAAUGGUUCGGCAUAUCAUGCGAUGGUAACAACCACCGGGUCACAACCCUAACCCUAGUGGGUCAGCCCGACCAAUCCAACACCUCCUUGUCGGGUACAAUCUCCCCAUCUCUCUCCAAACUCCACUACUUGGGUGGAAUUUACCUCCAAGAUCUCCAAAACCUUUCGGGUCCUUUUCCAAAUCUACUAUUCUCUCUACCAAACAUUGAAUACGUCUACAUUGAAAACAGCAAGCUCUCGGGUCAAAUACCCGCCAACAUCGGGGACUUGACCCGACUCUUCGCGCUGAGUUUCGCUGACAAUCGAUUUUCGGGUCCAAUCCCGAGUUCGAUUUCCAACUUGACUCAGCUGGGUCAACUCAAAUUUGGCGGAAAUCUUCUCACUGGUACCGUACCGGCCGGUAUUCAGCAACUCAAGAAGCUGACCCUACUGAGUUUGGACCGGAACCAACUCACCGGUACCGUACCGGACAUUUUCUCGACCCUGACGGAGCUCCGUUCACUUUCACUUUCCCACAACAAAUUUUCCGGGAAAAUUCCUUCAACAAUCUCAGCUCUAGCACCGAAACUUAUAUAUCUAAAGCUCGGCCACAACUAUUUCACAGGACAAAUCCCAAAUUUUCUCGGAAGCUUUCACGCACUCGACACUUUGGAUCUUUCAUGGAAUCGAUUUUCUGGAACAGUACCAAAAUCUUUUGGGAAUCUCACCAAAAUAUUCAAUCUCGAUCUUUCUCACAAUUUUCUCGUCGACCCAUUUCCAGAAAUGAAUGUGAAAGGUAUUGAAUCUCUAGAUUUAUCAUAUAAUGGGUUUCAUCUGAGUGAAAUUCCUAAAUGGGUCACUUCAUCUACUAUAAUAUACUCUCUCAAGGUCGCAAGAUGUGGGAUCAAGAUCAAGCUUGAUGAUUGGAAGCCAGCGGAGACCUAUUUUUAUGACUACAUUGAUCUUUCCGACAAUGAAAUAUCGGGUAGCCCGGUUGGGUUACUGAACCGAACCAAUUAUUUGGUGGGUUUUCAGGCCUCGGGUAAUCGGAUACGGUUCGACAUGGAAAGUGUGAAAUUUCCCAAUACUUUGAAGGAUUUGGAUUUGUCAAGAAAUUUGGUGUUUGGGAAGUUGCCUAAAGCAAUUUCUGGGCUUGAGAAGUUGAAUGUGAGUAAUAACCAUUUGUGUGGUCCUAUACCGGCGAACAAGUUUUCCGCAAGUGCGUUUUCCGGCAAUGAUUGUCUAUGUGGUUCUCCCUUAUCACCCUGCAAAGCAUAGUUAAUAAAAAGAUUAACCAAGUUUUUUUUUUUUUUUGAAUCAUGAGACCAGAAAAGAAAUAAAAUAAUAAUAUAAUUCCUCUCUUAGGAGGAAAAGGUUGUAAUUUUUUAUUUUCUUAUUUGAAUGAUUAAUGAAUAAAAGAAGAUAUAUGUAUCUUUUCAUUUUA